AUGACCCUUUAUUCAUCUUUAUAUAUAUCUUCUACUUCUACUUCAUCAUUAUCAACAACAUCAUCAACCUAUAUAUUAUGUAUACUAUUUAAAUCAAUCAUAAACAAUCAGUUUAUAAGAAGUAGAAUAUUCAAAAAUGUAGCUAUCAUUCAUUCGACACUUGGUUUUAAAGUAAAGAAAGAGUCAUCGUUGCUUUGUCUAUGUGACUAUAUCGAUUAUGGAAGGAUAGAUUUGUUCAUCUAUCAUUUCGAUCGUUACUAUACAAAUGCUCAAUCUUUUUUUGAUGAUAAAUCAUUUCUUUCACAUAUAAUAUACAGAAUGAUUGAAAAGGAUUCAUUCUCUACUUUUAAAUAUAUGGUACAAGUACUUAGAAAUAGGAAUAGUAUUGGAAGUAUCACAACUACAACUACAAAUAAUAAUAUAAAUAAUAUAAAUAAUAUAAAUAAUAGUGUUGGUGAUAGUAAUAGAUUAGAUCUUGGUAGAAUGAAUUCAACUAUAUCAUCAGAAUUUCUUGAAUUUAUAUUAGAGAGUGAUGAUAUAACAAUCGAUUCAAACUCUAUUGAAAUCAUAUUAAAAAGUGCUAUUGAGAGUGGAGAUGCCGACCUACUCGUCGCAACAUUGGCUCGAUUCACUCCACUCCAAAAAUCAUUGUUAAUCAGUAGUACCUCCAAUUCACCAACCUCUCCUCAAUUAUUUACUGAACAAACAACAAAAAAAAUGUUUGAUUCAAUUCUAAAAAAUAAUAACAACAACAACAACAAAAAUAUAAAUAAUAUAAAUCAUAAUAAUAAUAAUAAUAAUAAUAAUAAUGAUAUAGAUAAUAUAGAUAUAAUAAUAAUAGUUGGAUUAAAAAAAAAGAUUAAAAUAUUUUUGGGAUUAUUGGAAUUUAUAAUGACACCAAGUAAUUUCAAAUCAAUAUUUAAAUGGGCAACAAAGUUUAAUAAUAAGGAUAUUGUAAGAGCAUUGAUUGAAUUUAAUUUGGAAAAGGAUGGUUCUGGUGGUGGAGGUAUCAUAUUAUUGCCAGAAAUCAAUUCACCAUUGUGGAUUCAAGAUAUGGAUAAGUGUCCGUAUGGCGUCGACAACUAUGACAUGCAUAAAUUGUAUAUACAUUUUUCGUAUAAAAUGGAGAUGAACCAAUCACAACAUUCAGUCGAGUUUUUGGAAUACAUGUAUGCCAGUGGUAGUGAUUUGGAAGACAAGAUUAAACGACUCAAUUAUGUUGGGUCAUUAUCCUCCUAUCUUUCAUUGGGUAACCUAAACUGUGCCAGUUUUAUAUUACACCUGUUACUCUCUAACCCUGCAUUUGCAAAGGGUUGGAACAAGGAAGAUAUACUACAAAUCAAUCCAGAUAUUCUCUCACCCGAACUUAUCCACCAACUAUUGGCUUGCGACAAAACAAUCAUCAAUUGUAAAUUUCACAAUAUUAUUAGAAAUAUUUUGGAUUGGAUUCAUCUCAUCCCAUCAUCACAAACUAAUAAUAAUAAUAUAAAUAAUAAUAAUAAUAAUUUAUCAUCAGUAGUUGCAGAUUAUUAUAGUAUUGAACAAAAAUAUCAAUUCUUUCAAGAGUUUUUAGAGGAUUCACUUAAACAUCCUGAAAUUGAUGCAUCUCUAUUUGGUGGUAUGAGAGCUGCUUUCAAGAUUGGAGAUAAAAGGUCAUUGGAAAUGUUAAUGAAUCAUUACUCUAAAAUUAAUUUAAAGAAUAUUAGCGGUGGAGGUGGACCAUCAUUAAAAUUUGAUGUUUCAGAUUUAUAUUCAAGAAAUGUAAUCAACCAUAAAAAUAAUAUUACAACAACUACAACCAUGACAACUACAACUAUUACAAAUAUAUUGGAAUGUGUAUAUUAUAUAGUCAAUUAUCAACCAAAUUGUGAAUUUUUUGUUAGUUAUGCAUGUGCUGGUAAAAGAUUUCAUUCAGAGUUGGCAAGUCUUAUUCUUGGUGGACGUGUACCUGUGGAUUUACUUAGUCAGCCAACCAUCAACUAUUACCAUCUCGGACUACUCUACCAUCUCGUCGAGAAUGGUUCGUUGGAUGAUAUAAAGAGUCUUGUAGACAAGCAUCGGUUCGAAGACUAUCUAUCCGACUAUGUGUAUUCUCAUAACCACAUACUUUCGCCGGGCACAGUAUCAUCUAUUGCCAUUUCACGUGUAUUUAAUCGUAUCAAAGAUCAAACCAAUGGUUUCACAAUACCUUGGAAAUCGUUGGUCUCUGGAGGAGGACUGGAUGAUCAACAACAAUCACCAUCUAUUCAAUUGGAAAGUAUUGAAAUGUUAGAUUAUUUCAUUGGGAUGGGUAAAGGUGGAAAUAAUGAUGCUCUAUCAAGAGGAUACGGCCGAUGUAGACAGUCCGAGACUAGUCAUACACCACUCGGAAAGAUUGUUGGCCGAGUACAACACGUCCAUAUACCAACGUCGAGACGAUAUCAAGACACUGUACGACAUUGA